CCUCUCACUUGUUGACGCCUUUGACACUGUGUAAACAUGGCGAGCCUGGCAGAUGUCGGCUGGAAACUCCUGGAAUUCAAAUCCCGAUCAAAAAGAUCAGAUUUGUGAUUUAGCUGAGAGAGACGAUUGACCCUAAUUGCGCCUUUUGACAAUGGCCGCUUCAGUAGCUGCGUCUGCCCGGCCCCAUCGGAAAGUUCACAGACUCGGUUCAAUCUAUGAACCUCUCAAACUGUCCAAUCUCCAGCGUGAGGAUGAGCCCUUAUGGGAGAAGCUGGACCGCUACUACAACGCUGUUAAGACAACCAUUCUGAACUACCAGAGUCCCACCACUGGCCUUUUCCCGGUCAAAACAUGCUCCACCUGCAAGGAGGCCAAGGUCCGGGACUCCCUGUACUGUGCUGCUGGUGCCUGGGCCCUGGCUAUGGCCUACCGGCGCAUUGAUGACGAUUUGGGGCGGACCCAUGAAUUGGAGCAUUCUGCCAUCAAGUGCAUGAGGGGGAUCCUCUACUGCUACAUGAGACAGGCUGAUAAGGUGGAGCAGUUCAAACAGGAUCCCAGCCCCUCCAAGUGUCUGCACUCGGUGUUCAACGUGGACACAGGUGAUGAGGUGUACUCCUACGGCGACUACCACCACCUGCAGAUCGAUGCCGUUUCUCUGUUUCUGCUGUACCUGGUGGAGAUGAUCUGCGCCGGUCUGCAGAUCAUUUACAACACUGAUGAGGUUUCCUUCAUCCAGAACCUGGUGUUCUGUGUGGAAAGAGCCUACAGGGUCCCUGACUAUGGCAUGUGGGAGAGAGGCAGCAAAUACAACAAUGGCAGCCCUGAGCUGCAUUCCAGCUCUGUGGGCCUGGCUAAAGCUGCUCUGGAGGCCAUCAAUGGAUUCAACCUGUUUGGAAACCAGGGUUGUUCGUGGUCGGUGAUAUUUGUGGAUCUGGACGCCCACAACAGAAACAGGCAAACCUUGUGCUCCCUUCUGCCCCGAGAGUCUCGCUCACAUAAUACGGAUGCAGCCUUACUGUCGACCAUCAGCUACCCUGCCUUUGCAGUGGACGAUGACGCCCUCUACAGUCAGACACUGGACAAAAUUGUUCGCAAGCUGCGGGGGAAAUACGGCUUUAAGCGUUUCCUCCGUGAUGGCUACCGCACUGCAAACGAAGACAAGAACCGCCGCUACUACAAGCCUGCAGAAAUGAAGCUUUUUGAUGGAAUCGAGUGCGAGUUUCCCAUAUUUUUCAUCUACAUGAUGAUUGACGGGGUGUUCAGAGGAAAUAAAGAUCAGGUCAAAGAGUACCAGGACCUCCUUGAACCCAUCAUCUUCCAGUCUUAUGAGGGCCAUGCUGUGAUCCCCAAAUACUACUACGUACCGGCUGACUUCGUGGAGGCAGAGCAGAACAAGCAUGGAAGCCAGAAGCGUUUUCCUAGCAACUCUGGCCGUGAUGGGAAGAUCUUUCUGUGCGGUCAGGCCCUUUACAACAUCGCCAGGCUGCUGGUGGAUGAGCUGAUCAGCCCGAAUGAUAUCGAUCCCAUCCACCGCUACGUGCCGCGCCAGGACCAGCGCAACGUCAGCAUGCGAUACUCCAAUCAGGGUCCCAUCGAGAAUGAUGUUGUGAUUCACGUGGCCCUGAUAGCAGAAAGCCAGAGACUGCAGGUGUUUUUGAACACUUACGGCAUUCAGACCCAGACACCCCAGCAGGUGGAGCCCAUUCAGAUCUGGCCUCAGAAGGAGCUGGUUAAGGCAUAUCGUUUCCUUGCCAUCAAUAAGAAACUGGGGUUGAGUGGGCGUCCGGAGAGGCCCGUCGGCUGCAUCGGGACCUGCAAGAUUUAUCGUAUCCUGGGCAAGACGGUGGUGUGCUACCCAAUAGUGUUUGAUCUGAGUGACUUUUACUUGUCCCAAGAUGUUAUGCUGCUGAUUGAUGACAUUAAGAACGCCCUGCAGUUCAUCAAACAGUGCUGGAAGAUGCAGGGACGUCCUCUCUUCCUGGUUCUCAUCCGCGAGGAUAACAUCAAAGGGAGCCGCUUCAACCCAGUACUGGACAUGCUGGCCUCUUUCAAGAAGGGCAACAUCGGAGGGGUCAAAGUUCACGUGGACAGACUUCAGACCCUGAUAUCUGGAGCAGUGGUGGAGCAGCUGGACUUCCUGCGUGUCAACGAGGCAGAGAUCCCAGAGUUUAAGAGCUUUGAGGAGUUGGAGCUGCCUAAACACUCCAAGGUGAAGAGACAGACGAGCACGCCCAACGCCUCCGACCUGGAGCAGCAGCCAGAGAUCAGCGUGGAGGAGUGGCUGCACAAGCCCACCAAUGAGAUCAUCCAGAAGUUCCAUGACUCCAACUGUUUGGCCAGUCAGGCUCAGCUUGCAGGCAUCCUUCUCAGGAGAGAGGGACCAGACUACCUCUCCAGAGACGAAAACAUGAUGGAUGAGCUGGAAAGAAUCUAUAGAAGAGCUGGAAGCAGAAAGCUUUGGUCUGUUGUCCGUCUUGCUGCCAGUCUGUUAACUAAACUAGUGGACAGCCUUGCCCCCAGUAUUACUAGUGUUUUAGUGCAUGGCAAGCAGGUGACCAUCGGCCUAUUCGGGCAAGAGGAGGAGGUGAUCUCCAAUCCACUGUCGCCAGGGGUGAUCCAAGGCAUCAUCUACAGCAAGUGCUUGGCUCAAGGUGGGGAGCAGGAGGCCGUCCUUCAGCAGGAGCUGGUCAUACAUAUCGGAUGGAUCAUCUCCAACAACCCAGAGCUGUUCAGUGGCAUGCUCAAGAUCAGAGUCGGAUGGAUCGUCCAGGCCAUGAAGCACGAGCUGAAGAUCCGUGCAGGAGACAUGCCGCCCCAGGACAUCCACCAGCUCUCCCCCAGCGACAUCAAGCAGCUGCUGCUGGACGUCCUGCAGCCACAGCACCACGCCAGGUCUUGGCUGAACAGGCGUCAGAUCGACGGCUCUCUGAACAGGACCCCUCUGGGCUUUUAUGAUCGUGUGUGGCAGAUCCUGGAGAGGACCCCGAACGGUAUCUUGGUGGCUGGGACUCACCUCCCACAGCAACCGACACUGUCUGACAUGACCAUGUAUGAGAUGAACUUCUCCCUGCUGGUGGAGGACACGCUGAAGAACAUCGUCCUCCCUGAGUACAGACAAAUCAUAGUCGAGCUGCUGAUGGUGGUGUCCAUUGUGCUGGAGAGGAACCCGGAGCUGGAGUUCAGCGACAAGGUGGAUCUGGACGGCCUGGUGAAGGAAGCCUUUAACGAUUUCCAGAGGGAUCGCAGCCGCUUUGAAGGCAUAGAGAAACAGGACAACAUGGAGGCAUUCUAUAACACACCACCAGUGGGAAAGAGAGGCACCUCCAGCUACCUGACCAAGGCUGUCAUGAUCCAGUUGCUUCAAGGGGAUGUGAAGCCCUGCAAGGACGACCCGUGCUCUGUUAGCUAGAUUUACAAUGCUUUUGACCCCUAAUCCCAUCCUGCUGCAGUGUAGUCAUCAAACGGUCCGGUGAGAACUACAGAGUGUGUAACAUGUAUUCAACGAUCCUCCCCUCAGCAGAACUCCUGGACAGUAGAAGCUGUUAGCUGAAGCUUCCACUGCCAUAGAUUAGCAUGUGUGCAGUUUGCUCCAUGGGUUGAAAAUACAUCAGCCAUGUUUCUUUUGUUUUGUUUUGUUUUGACAGAGUGAGUUCAGUAUCCCAACUACAGUAUGCUGUGCGUUCAAAUUAAGAUUUGAAUGGAGUUACAGUCAAUUUCUCAAGUUCUUUAUUAGCAUCGGUGGCUAGUCGUGUCAAACAUAGCCACAUAAUUAAGUUGUUAGAUGCCAUAGAUGAACAUAUUUUCUCUUUUUUUUCCGGGGGUUUAUGUUGUACACUUUCAUCAGUUUAACUUAACUUAGUAGCACCUAGACUUGCUUUACCUCUCUACACAUUUGACAGUUUCUUCAGUUCAGUUUGGCUCCAUAUUUAACAUAUAGACACAAGAGUGUAUCAAUUUUGUCAUCUCGUUCCCUGUUAAAAAGAGAAAAGAGAAAAAAAAAGUUUCCCAGCGUUUCAAAAUGUUUCUUUCAUUUUUGGUAAUGUCAAUAAAUCUAAUUUAGAUGUCCAGUAUUCUGGCUGUCAGAUAUUGAUGAAUAACUGUGAACUCACAGCUGAAUGAAGCAGGUGCUCAGAUGCAACUGUUCACACUGUACCUCACCAGCAAUAACCUACAGCUGUUACAUAGCAUUUAGUCAGUACAAGGUCAUGUUGUAUUAUGAGAUAUGUCGUCCUUAAAUUGGUGCAUUUGGCUCCUGGCGGACUAAAUGUGUCACCAGAUAUAAGAGCUGUAAAUCCUUUCUGAUAAAUCUGUAUAAAAGCAUGAACCCUCUUCAGAUUGAAGAUGAAUUAUACAACAUAUUAUCCAACUUAAAAUACAUCCAUGUCAGAGUGAGGUGAUUGUUGUGCUGUCGACCUUCUUUCCUUUCUCUCUUUGUCCCCUUACCUCUAUGCACGCACAGUCUGCUGCAUGAGAAUACUGUUUGAUAAAACCAUCCUGAUGGUUUCUCUGAAUGUUAUAGGCUACAAUAGAGUUUCUGAGAGGUUUUGCCCAGUUGAGCUCUGCAUGACAAUGACUGCUUCUUAUCUGAAGUCCUGGGACGGAGGACGUUUUAGAAAAUGCUGUUUUCCUGAAUCUGGGCAACAGAACAGCCUGCUGUUAACAUGAAAUGACAAUGGACUCAUUCUGACUUAUUUUAAAGCGUGCCUCUCUGAAUAUCCACACUGUGAUGAAUCCGCCCAACCAUGUCACUGUGUGUGUGUGUGUGUGUGUGUGUGUGUGUGUGUUGUUUACCGUUGUUCAAAAGAAGUAUUUUUACUCACAACUGUAGUUUCACAGAAUAAAGUCAUCAUGGAAUGUA